GCAGAAUCAGGUCAAACCGGUUACACAUUUGUGCGGUUGACAGGUAGUCAUUUUUAUUUUCAUAUUACUCACAGCUAACCCACUCACAGAGCACUAGACUCUUUCAUAACAGAAAAAGACAUCAGCAUAAUGAAGAUCAUAAACAGAAUAAUUCAGCAUGUCAUCGUGUCUGCCUCCUUCAUUGUGUGUGUUUUUCUGCUGUACCAAACAUCAAGCAGACAUUUUCUAGAUUUUUGCAUCUGUAAUUGUGGGAUGGAUUCUGAGGGGAAUAAGUGGUUUUCUCAGCGAUACAACAGCUCAGCUCGUGUACUUCUCAAUAGAAAAAACCACGCUGUGGAUUUCAACACUUUUUGGUGGUGGCGGAGCCUGCAAAACGAGUCAAAUUUAGCCAACUACACAGAAGUGGUGGAGGUUUUGUUUGCUCAUUUCCCAGAUAAACGUCAUUACUGGGACCACAGUCCCAGUAGCUGUAGGAGCUGUGCUGUCGUGGGGAACUCUGGGAACAUGAUCGGAUCACGUUACGGUGCACUCAUCGAUUCAAAUGACUUCAUUAUAAGGAUGAAUGAGGGUCCGACAGUGGGAUACGAGCAGGACGUGGGCUCUAAAACCACUCACCGUAUCAUCUACCCUGAGAGCGCUGUGGACAUGGAGGAUCAGACGCAUCUCGUACUUUUACCCUUUAAGAUUCUGGACCUGCAGUGGCUCAUCAGUGUCUUCACCACCAAACACAUUGAUCAGACAUAUACGUACGUGAGACCCUCAAUAAAAGCAGACGAGAGCAAGGUCAUGAUUCUUCACCCUGCAUUCAUCAAAUAUGUCUAUGAGAGCUGGUUGCAGAGCGAGGGCACAUAUCCAUCCACUGGUUUCAUUUCCAUUAUAUUGGCCCUGCACAUCUGUGAUGAGGUGAGUGUUUUUGGGUUUGGACCUACACAUGAUAAUGCUUGGCAUCAUUACUUUGAUGAUUCCGUGGUCGGCUCUAACGACGGCCCUCACGCCGGAGACUUUGAGAGAAGCGUGAUCGCUGAACUCCAUCAAAAACAAAUCAUCAUGAUGUAUAAAGGAUGGUAAUGACUCAGUAUUGUCAACAUGUUUAGGUGUCUUGGAGAAACAAAUAUUGUGCUCUUGUAAAUACUGUAUACAUAAUAUUCACAUGGAUUAAAGUGAAAAAAAAUCUUCUGACUGAUUUUUUUUCAGGCCAAGUCAUAUUCCUUUAACAGACACUUUAUCUAAAUAGUUGAAACCAAUAGCUUUUUAAAGGGAGAUGUUUUGAACCCCUUUACGUAGUAUUGCCAGUUUGCGUAUUUUAAAAUCUAUUUUUAAUCUAUGAAAAAAGUAUACUUACCUAGACAAAUAAUCAACCAUCUAUAACUUUUCAGUGCAUUUUUUAAUUUAUCUUAUAAGACCAAACAAUGUUUUCUGAAACUCUUAAUAACUAACAGAAAAAAGAACAAAAUAAAAGCACCACUUAAGACCAAAAAUGUUGUUUGUAUUUGAGUGCUUUUCACUUUUUCUGCCUUUUGGCUGUGAAACCAUAUUCCUGAAGCUUCGCUACACCUGACACCAGUUUUAGUGUUUGACAAGCUUUUCCAAGGUGACCGUUAAGAAGGCAGCCUAUCACUUUAACAUUUCCAUGGCGACGCGGCACUGCUGAUCAUGUGACACACCGCAGAGCCACAGCAGCUGUAUGACUGAUGCAUUGCUUUUACAUUCUUUUACUCAAAAAAAUUCACAAACUGUUAACUAUGUCAUGAAAUAUCUGACAUUCCAAUUGUCAAAUAUGUGCAUGUGAAUGUGUUUUGUUGUUUAAACACGUUUAUAAUGAUCGCGUUAGUUGAGCUAUAAGCGGGCGCCGCCAUGUUUGUUUCUGCCGCUGUCUGUGAUCUGUCGGAUUUACAUCACGUGAAUUCAUCCACUUCUCUUAAAAACACAAACGUAAGUGCCUGGUGAACUGGUAGAAGAAUUGAGUGAUCUUAACAAUUGCUUACACUGCAGAUGCUGUGUCUGAUGUGAAUAAAACACAUCCGUCAAAUGACAUUUGAGUAGAUUGUUAUUGCCGCUAUAUAGACAAUCUCUAAAUGUAUUUUGUGCUUGUAGGCACGUGUAUAUGUCUGAAGGCUAAAUUAAACAUGAUGUGGUUGAAAGCGCUGAGUAGUUGUGAUAUGUGUCUGAGUCUGUCUCUGGCUCAAUGCCAGCCAAAGCGCGUAAUGUUCUAAUCACACCGGUGUGAGAUCGCACGCGUCAAAGGGUUAACAACAUUAUGAAAAGUGAAUUUAAGUCAUUAAGGACAGGCUGGAACUCUGCAAUUGACAGAAAUCCGUCGUAGCGACGGAGUAUGGCAAGCCAUUUUGUCAUUUAAUCCUCGACGUUUACUAGUAUCUAUUUUUAGGCUAC